CCCGGUUGCCGGGAUACCGAGACGCGCCGCUGGCGCUCGCGAGCUGCCGCGUCCCGGGCGUCGCUAGAGGGGCGGUUGGCCCUCAUUGUGCGAGGAGGCCGAGGAGGAGCGGCGCAGCACGCCUGAUUCUCGCCAGCCGGGUCCCGUCUGCGGAGAGCGAUGCCGCUCCCCGACACCAUGUUCUGCGCCCAGCAGAUCCACAUUCCUCCGGAGCUGCCGGACAUCCUGAAGCAGUUCACCAAGGCGGCCAUCCGCACCCAGCCCGCCGACGUGCUGCAGUGGUCCGCGGGAUAUUUUACAGCUUUGUCAAGAGGAGAUCCACUUCCUAUAAAGGACAGACUCGAAAUGCCCGUGGCAACCCAGAAAACAGACACAGGCCUGACUCCAGGACUCCUGAAAAUUUUGCACAAGCAGUGUAGCCACAAGCAGGUGGUGGAUUUAGCAGAUCUUGAGCAGAAGUGGAAAAAUUUGUGCCUACCAAUAGAAAAAUUCAGAGCUGUCUUGGAGCUGGAUCCUUGCAAAAAGCAAAUUGAGUGGAUCAAAUUCUUAGCACUUGGAUGUAGCACGCUUGGUGGGUCGCUGAACACCGCGAUGAAGCACCUGUGCGAGAUCCUCACUGAAGACCCAGACGGCGGCCCUGCUCGCAUCCCAUUUGAGACUUACGCCUACGUCUACCGCUACUUGGCCGGCUUGGACCCGGACAUCUCUGCUGGGGAGACAGAAUACUAUCUUACCAAUUUAAAGGAAAGCAUGGAGAAACUCACACGGUUUCCCUCCACUCUCACACCACAACAACGAUCGACACGGAAGACUUUUGUGACCAAAUGUGGGGGUUUCUCCCCACCGACAAGCGAGCAAUGGCUUCUGCAGCAGACACCAGCUGGGUGCCCUCUAAUUGAGUUCCAACACUAUCUACCUGGAGAUGGCAUCAGAUCCCACAGGGUGAGGUCAGUCCCCAAGACUGGCCCCUCUUUCCGAUGCCACUCGAGAGGCCCAGGUUGUUUCACUUGUGCUUCUGACUAGGAAUCGGGGUUCCCA